GAAGAGGGGAGCGAUCUUGGAUUCUUCUCGCGCUUUUUCCCUGCGUUUUUGACGCAAUCAUGCGGCAGCUGCCCGCGUGUCGGCCUCCUGUCCUGGCAUGCGUCGUCUGCUCUGGGUUGGUAUAUAUAUAGUUCCAGCCUCCCAACCCAAUCCCGGCACUCCCUCUUCCGGCGCUGCUGCUGCUCCUACUCCUGUGAUUGGGUUGGGGCCUUUGAGCAUUGCAGCAUCAGCAGCUGUGGGCAGUUGCAGCUUGUGCCCUCCCCUGUUUGCACUUGCACCCUAGCAAAAACAGUUAGGCGCUGGCUGGCUCUUGCAGAUUGGCCACCCAUUACAAAAGCCUCUCUUUCAGACGCCUUCUCUCACAAGAGAAAACAGAGGAUACAGUUGUUGACAGGCAUCAAGGCGUGAGUGUAAAUGCAGGGAGCCCACGGCUACGGUGGCUACGGUUACGGCGGCUACGGCUACGACGCCGGUGCGUACAGCUCCGCGGGCGGCGGCUACGGCUACGGCUACGGCGCCGGCGCGUACGGCUCCGCGGGCGGCGGGUACGGCUACGACGCCGGCGCGUACGGCUCCGUGGGUGGCGGGUACGGCUACGACGCUGGCGGGUACUACUACUCCAGCGCAUACCCGCCGGCGCCGGCCCACGAGGACCCGCUCGCGGCCGGGCGGCGGGCGCACGACGUUCCGGCGUCGCUCAACGGGCUCGAGCUGCAGCCGUCGGAGGCGUGCCCCAGGAACUACGUCAUCUUCGACCAGACGUGCACCAAGAGCCGGGUCAUGUUCCACCCCUCCCUGGCGCACAAGCUCGGGGGUCCGUCGUCGGGCCACGGCGGCGGCAGCUGCUACGGCGCGGGCGACGGCGCCGGGAAGAAGGGCGCGUGCAGGGAAGGCGGCGGCGGCGGCGGCUGCUCGGUGCGGCAGAAGGAGGACACGGAGGAGAUCGACGCGCUGCUGAGCUCGGAGGACGACGACGACGUGGUGAGCACGGGGCGCACCCCGGGCGCCUCCCGGGACGACGGGAGCUCCCCGGACUCCACGUGCUCGUCCAGCCGCCGCGGCGGCGAGCCGCGCAAGAAGGAGCGGAUGAGCAAGAUGAUGCGGACGCUCAGGGGGAUCGUCCCCGGCGGCAGCCAGAUGGACGCGCCGGCCGUGUUGGACGGGGCCGUCCGGUACCUCAAGUCGCUCAAGGUGGAGGCCAAGAAGCUCGGCGUGCGCGGCUCGGGCAGCUAGCUAGCUGAUCGCCAACAGCUCCAACCGAUGGCGGCGGCGGCAGCAGCCAUGAUCUGGCCCAACUCCUUUCGUGCGCUCUGCUUUUGGCCACGGGCUCCGUCCAUGAUGACAGCAUGGGGCAGGGACUCGAGGCUGUGCUCCUAGCUGGUGGAGAGAGAGAGAGAGGAUGAUGAUGAUGAUGAUGAAGUGGCCGGAAUCAAAUCAAGUGGGCAACCGAGCAUGGCAUGGCAUGGCAGGAGAGGGAUCGAAUCGAAGACACGCUUGGCCGCUUGCUUGCCGGCUGGUCUUGGCUGCAAUGCAUGCUUCCAUUCCUCUGCUGCAAAGCCUCUGCCUGGACGUGGGGUUCACUGGUGGCUGGGCCCCCCUCCUCUGCUUGUCAGGUUUCGUCGCUUUGCUUUUUCAGUUAGUUGCUGCUGCUGCUUUUGUCUUGUUUCGUUUCAUCUAUCCAUGGACCAUUGGUGCGUGCGUGCAUGCAUGGUGAGUGUCCAUGAUUGCGAUGUGCCGAUGUGUGGUGAUCAUGAAUCAUGAUGAUGGCACACUCCCUCCCCUGCUUGCAAGUUGCAAUUCGACUUGUC